UGAGUCGUGUUCGAGGAGGAGGAGUCUGCAUUAAAUAUCUACUCUGCGAAGUGGUGUGCGAAAGUGUUAUAUGAUAUUACUUAACAACACUUUGAACAGCACUUUAAACACCACAACAUGUGGCUCGCUAUUGUCAUAAUAUCCCUGGCCGUAUUGGCAAUUGUCUUUAAAUUUGUAUGGGGAACUUCUGGACCGAACCCUUUUGAUAUCGACACUCGCGAGGCGCUGAAACCCAUCGUGUUGGAUCGAAAGGUGAAGAACAAAGUGCUGAAACAAGGCUUCCUGGCCAGUAAAAUCCCCCAGGACUUGGAUGCAAUAGUAGUUGGAAGUGGGAUUGGUGGAUUGGCGAUUGCUGUUCUGUUGGCUAAAGUGGGUAAAAGAGUUCUGGUUCUGGAACAACAUGACCGGGCUGGAGGGUGCUGUCACACUUUCACAGAGCAAGGCUUUGAGUUUGAUAUUGGUAUCCACUAUAUUGGGGAACUGCUGGAUCACAAGCCCUUUCGCUGCAUGAUCGACCAGUUAACCAAUGGACAGCUGCAGUGGGAGCCACUGGAAAACCCCUUUGACCAUGUGGUCUUGGGUCCCCCUGAAAACCGACGCAAAUACCCUAUCUACAGUGGCCGAAAACGCUUCCCGGAGGAGCUGAAAAAGUGCUUCCCAGGGGAGGAAAAAGCCAUUGAUGAAUAUAUGAGACUUGUGAAGAAUGUCGGAAAUAAUGUGUGGUUCAUGGUCCUGCUGAAGCUCCUCCCGAAUCCUCUCGCAAACUUCCUGGUAUACACAGGCCUGGCUAAUCAACUAUCUUCCUUCUUUCGCCACGCAUCCCGCAGCCUGACUGAUGUGGUGAAUGAACUUACACAGAAUAAGGACCUGAGAGCAGUAUUUUCCUACGUCUUUGGAACCUAUGGUAAAAUGCCCAAAGAAGCAAGCUUCUCAAUGCACAGUUUGAUUGUGUGCCACUAUCUGAAUGGCGCCUGGUACCCAAAGGGUGGUGCUAGUGAGAUUGCCUACCACAUGAUCCCCAUCAUUGAGAAGGCAGGAGGGGCGGUCCUUGUUAGAGCACCUGUCAACCGAAUACUCCUCAAUGACACUAAAGAGGCUAUUGGUGUGAGUGUUAUAAAGGGGCAGGAGGAGGUGCAUGUACACGCUCCAAUGGUGAUUUCAGAUGCUGGAAUCUUUAACACCUACCAGAAGCUCCUACCAAAAGAUGUGCAGGCCAUGCCAGCGAUCCAGAAACAGCUGAGUAUGGUGCAGAACGGAGAUGGUGGUCUCAGUAUUUUCAUUGGACUGGAUGGGACGAAAGAGGAGCUGGACCUAAAAGCAGAUAAUUACUGGAUCUUUCUUGAGAAUAACUUGGAUGACCUGGUGGAGGGGUACAUGAAGGGGAAGAGGGAAGAAUCUGCUAAGAAUAUCCCUCUGCUUUUUGUGGCCUCACCCUCUGCCAAAGACCCAACCUGGCAGGAGAGAAAACCAGGUAAAUCAACCAUAACUGUUGUUAGCUUUGCAAACUAUGCAUGGUUUGAAGAGUGGAAGGAUGACAAAGUGAAGAAUAGAAGUGCAGAUUAUAAGGAGCUGAAGGAGACGUUCAUCAAUAGCAUUGUAGAGGCUGUGACUCAGAUCUUUCCCAAGAUCCAGGAUAGGAUUGAAUUUGUGGACGCAGGCACUCCAAUCACAAAUCAGCAUUACAUUGGUGCACCUAAAGGGGAGAUCUACGGCGCUGAUCAUGGACUUCCUCGCUUUAGUGUGGAACUAAACGCCACCAUCAGACCACAAACUCCCAUUAAAAACCUCUUCCUCACAGGCCAGGAUGUAUUUUUGUGUGGUUUUGCUGGAGCGUUGGCAGGAGCACUGACGUGUGGUUCGGUCCUCCUGAAUCGCAAUAUUCACCUGGAUGCCAUCGCCCUAGCCAAGAAAGUCAAGAAUGUCAACAGCAACAAGAAGAAACAAUAAGUACCAGAGUGUGCUGCCUCAUAAUCAUUUAGAUGUCAGAUAUGACUCAGCCUCCUCACUGGACUGUUCUCCUAUCUAUGUGAUUUUAAAAUUAACCACUGAACUGCUUUAAAACACUGUACCCAGGUAUUGUAUUUGUGCCAACUCGGUAACAAUGUUAGAAGUCAUUUAGGUAUCACUUUAUUUUACAGUUCUCUUCCACAUUUACAUACUAUAUAAUUACAACAACUAUUGUAAUUACUAGUGCUAACCCUAACUUUAACCAGUGUUAAUUACAUGUAGUUAUACUGAAAGUACACGUACUGUAAAAUAAAGUGCAACUGUCAUUUAUUGGCAAAGGGUAAAUUAAAUGCCUUAUUGCUGUAAAAUGCACUUUUAAAUCUUAUUAUUUUCUAUCUUGUUUUUAAUGAACUUCAAAAGGGAAAGGAAUUAGGUUGAAUUUUCAAAAUUGACUUGUGUUUGGUGUGCCCAUAAAAAAUAUUUUAUUGCAUUAAGAUUUGAUAAAUUAUUGUAAAUGUAGGCCCAAUUUGAGGUCUUUAUUAAGGGUUUACAGCCUACUGCCAUUCUCAAAUGAUAUGUUUAAGAAGCCUUUUGAUGAUUUACUCAGUAACUUUUGUCUUUGCGUCAUCUUGGACUUACACUGACACCUAGCGGCUUGGAUGCAGCAUCAUUUAAAAUCAAUAGUUUUCAGUUUCAGACACCAUUGUAGAAAUGUACUAUUUCACAGUCAGCCGUGAUUACUUUAAUCAAUGAGUGAAAGUCUCAAAUAACAGGACAGUUACUGAGAUUAAGGGAGUAGUAUUCAGCUGUUCGUGUGAUUCUAACAUGGCCGCCUCCAUGUACAAUAAAACAGCUUUUUUAAGGUUAUUGAUUGUCUGGAGUCUUUCUAGAAAGACUGGAGUGAGUGUUCAUUAUUUCCUACAUGAAUUGUAAUUUUGCAAUAUAUGUCUUUAAUAGUUAAACUUUUUUUAAAGAGGAAAAAUAUACUGAGUGCACCUUUAAGUUGCAGUGAUAUUUCAGAAUUGUAUGAACCUGGUUAUCAAUAAAUCUACUAAUCAAUAUUUGAAUUU